CCGAAACUCGAUGAGCCUCUGCAAUUUCAAUAACCACCAAACACAUCAAAGAAGCCAAAAAAAAAGCGAAAACUAGAAGUCUUUUUGUUUAAAAAGACAAAUUUUGAAUUUCGAAUAGACAGGUACAAACCAUAAAGGCUUAAUCCAAGUAUUUCUUUUGUUAGUAGCAUUUGCCUACGAUUGGGGUAGUCUGCGCGGUGAAUGCCGUAGACAAGAUUAAAAAUUCUGCAUUGAAGAGGUGAGCCUCUGGCUUAAUCUAGGAUUAAGUAACAGACAGAGUGGACCUCGAAGCGUUAAUUAUUUGAAAUAUAAGUCUUCCGGUAUCAAGACAAGUGGACAUCAAAAUGAAUACGCAAACAAGUGUGGUUGGCGUUCAUUACCGAGUGGGACGUAAAAUUGGUGAAGGAUCUUUUGGGGUGAUUUUUGACGGGAUGAAUUUGCUUAACAAUCAGCUUGUUGCUAUUAAAUUCGAGCCAAAAAAGUCGGAAGCUCCUCAACUUCGAGAUGAAUAUAGGACCUAUAAAUUGCUAGUUGGAAGUGUUGGGAUUCCAAGCGUCUAUUACUUUGGCCAAGAAGGAUUGCAUAAUAUUUUAGUAAUUGAUCUUUUGGGGCCUAGUUUAGAGGAUUUAUUCGAAUGGUGUGGUUGUAAAUUUAGCUUUAAGACUGUCGCGAUGGUUGCUAAACAAAUGUUGGCUCGCGUGCAAACAAUUCACAAAAAGAACCUGGUAUAUAGAGAUAUUAAGCCAGAUAACUUUCUCAUUGGUCGUCCUUGCACUCGAAAUACAAACCUGGUGUAUGUUGUCGAUUUCGGAAUGGCAAAGUACUAUCGUGAUCCCAAAACGAAACAACACAUCCCUUACAGUGAAAGAAAAAGUCUUUCUGGCACAGCUCGUUACAUGAGCAUUAACACACAUCUUGGUCGUGAGCAAUCACGGAGAGAUGAUUUGGAAUCUCUAGGACACGUAUUUAUGUAUUUCCUUCGUGGAAGCCUUCCAUGGCAAGGACUAAAGGCUGCUAACAACAAGCAUAAAUACGAAAAAAUCAGUGAAAAGAAGCAAGCCACUUCAAUAAAUGAGCUGUGCACCGGCUUUCCCAAUGAGUUUAAUAAAUAUAUGACUUAUGUUCGCUCUUUGCAAUUUGAUGAAGACCCGGAUUAUGAAUACUUACAGGAAUUAUUUGACGAUGCUAUUCGCAAUAAUGGAGAAACGAAUGAUGGAGUUUAUGAUUGGAUGUUACUAAAUGAUGGCAAAGGUUGGGAGUCUGCUUCAUCUCAUUUUUCCGUCUUAGCAAUGAAACGAAGAAAAAAUUAUUUAGGAUUAAAUGUUGUACAAAAUGAUGACGCCAAAGCUAAGCAAGGUAAUAUUCAGUCCCAAAACACGCGACUGAAUUCCGCGUAUAAGACUGGAACCCCGAAAAAUUAUAACUCAUUUGAAUCGUAUUCAAGGAAUCAACAAAUAACGUGUACCAGACGGGAGCAAUCUGCCUCUAAAAAUACCAUUUAUCCGCAAUCGUCCGCCCGAGGGUACGGUCGGGUCCAACCAAUGUGUGCCUCUCGUUUGGGGGGUCGUCAAGAAGAUGGCAAUUACGCUGGUAUCAAUGGUUUUCAGGAACAAAGACAAACGAGUUUUUGGGAUAUUUUUUGUUGUCAUUGCUUUUGACAAUCACAACCACAUCAUUCGUCAUUAAAACUUUUCGAUUUUCUACAUUUCCUGCUUGUAUCAUCCCGGUACAAAUACUCUUACUCUUACUUUUGUCAUAUGCAUUCGAGUAACAUUAGGAUUGCAGGGUUCUGAACAAGGGUUUAUAAUUUAUCAAGAACGCAAAUGUUAGACUGGUCUUUUAUAAGGAAUUAGAUGAAAUUCCAUUACUCACAAACGUGAAGCUAAGCUAGGUGUACUUCAUAUUUCGAUGGAUUGGCUUAUGAUAAGGACAAACAUUCAUUAAUGGGAUGAAACUUAUGUGUUGACUAAGAAUAAAUUCUAUUGUAUAUAUAUAACAUGCUUCAUAAGGGU